AUGGCGGGCACAGCAGCCAAGCGCCAAAAGCGCGAGGCAUACCGCUCGCAGCAUCGAGCAGAUGAAGACUCAACGGACUUGCCUAGGAAAAAGUUCUACCGCCAGAGGGCUCAUGCGAACCCUUUCUCAGAUCACAGGCUCGUCUACCCUGCGAGCCCAGCCCUCAUGGACUGGUCGGCGAUGUACCCGGCGUAUGUUGCUGAAGGCCAGGACAACGAGGCCACCGAGGUUGUGACGCAGCAGGGCGGACAGAAUGUGAGGGCAGUCAUCAAGCCGAGAAGCUUGACCAAGGACGUCGAGGUCGCGGAUAUAGGGUGCGGUUUUGGAGGGCUGCUAGUAGCCCUUGCACCCGUCAUGCCGGACACUCUGUGCCUAGGCCUCGAGAUCAGGGCUCAGGUCACCGACUACGUCGAGGACAAGAUCAGAGCCCUGCGCAACCAGAGCAGACAGAAGGGCAGCAAUGUCUACCAGAACAUUGCCUGCCUUCGCGCCAACACCAUGAAGUUCCUCCCAAAUUUCUUCAAGAAGUCGCAGCUGUCCAAGAUCUUCAUCUGUUUCCCAGACCCGCACUUCAAGGCCAAGAAACACAAGGCGCGGAUUGUUUCUACACAGCUGAACUCGGAGUACGCAUACGUAUUAAGACCCGGCGGCAUCGUGUACACGAUCACCGACGUCAAGGACCUGCACGAGUGGAUGGUGUCGCACUUUGAGGCACAUCCUGCCUUCGAGAGAGUCUCGGAGGAAGAUCAGGAGAAUGACAAGUGUGUUGCUGUCAUGAGGACCGAGACAGAAGAGGGGAAGAAGGUUGAGAGGAACCAGGGACUCAAGUUUCCAUCUCAAAUGCUGAUUGAUGUACAGUGUGUUCGGCACGUGCACACGGUCCCUCCCGCACCUCCUCCGGCCAGGGGAACGCCCCCGAGGCCCGCUUUCCCCCACGACGCGUCGGAUCAUGCGGCGGCUCUCACAGACUGGCUCUUCGGUGAAUGGACUAUGGCCCUGAAGGGGAGAGAUGUGAUUCUUGCUGGUAUUGCAAGUUUCAUCGCCUGGGGCUAUGCCACCCACUGGCUCCCCGCCAUCCGCUGGGCUGGCCAUGCCUUUAUCACCGGCUUCCUGACCUCCCUACUCCUCCUGCUCGCCGUCACCUUGCUGCUGUCCAAGGGCCUCGUCCACAAGAACCGAAGACCGACCCCCCGCCCACAUGGCCCCAAGUUCCUCGGCCGACAACAAUGGAGCAGCGAGCUCUCGGCGCUGCGAAAGCGACAGUCGUACGAGAAGAAGCCCGUCUGCGCCUCCACCAAGAUCUCCCAAGCCCUCGACGACGUCCUCGACCUGAUCACGCGCGACUUUGUGUGGUCCUGGUUCUCAAAGAUAAGCGAGAACAUUGUAUUUAGGAACGAGGUGGACAAUGCCAUACGAUGCGCGAUCGACGAGUUGAGGGAACGGCUGUGCACGCUGGACCUGCCGGAGGUCCUCACCACCAGGAUUGUCCCUAUCAUGACGGCGCAUUUCCAUGACUUCAACGAAGCUGAGAGGGCCAUCCGUGGCCAUAAGCUCAAUCGGUCUGUGACUGAAUCAGAAGAGCUCGAUCUGGCCAUUGCAUCGAGAUACAGAGAUGGGAAGAUCCACCCGGCCGCCAGCCUGUCGUACUCUGAUCUCAAGCUUACACAGCAAGACUAUCUCCGGCAGACCGCUACCAAGGUCCUCCCUCAUGUGCUGCCGGACAGUAUCAUCAGCAGUCGAGCUGUUUCAAGUCUCAUCCGAGAGAUUGUCGCCUGCGCUGUCCUAUUCCCUGUCCUGCAACUUUUGUCCGACCCUGAUACCUGGAACCAGCUGAUGGAGAACUACGGGCGAGGCAUGCUGCAAGACCGCUCCACGGUCAGGAAACUUCGCGCAGCUCUGGACCAACACGCACCCUCCCCCAAGCCCGGGAGGCCGCCGCAGUUCCCGCGCUUGGCGCCCGGCGACAGCGAGAGGAGAUUCGAAAGAUUCAUCAGGACCGUCCGGAAGGUAAACAACUUAUCGGACGCCAGACGCUUCAGAAGCGAGGUAACAAGCCAGCUCAAAAGAGACUCACAAGAGGAAGGGCAGGACCCCGUCUAUCUUCGCCGUCUGGAUAUGGGAAAGAGACUAUUGGACCAGAGGGUGCAGUAUCUAGCUGCUGGCGGAGACAAGAGGGGGAUGACUUUCUCCGCGGAUCUGGGUUCCAACACGCCGACAGAGUCAAGACUGGAGAAUGCCUCGCUUGCUGAGCUCUUACGCGAUGCUUCAGGGCUUUCUUAUUUCAUGGAGUACAUGGACAGGCAGCGGCUGAUGAGCCUGGUGCAAUUUUGGCUCGUCGUUGACGGCUUUCGCAAUCCUCUUGAGGAAUUCCACGACGACGACACUCUUCCCCUCACUUUGCCACCCUGGACCGAAUCAGACAGGCUGGACCUCGCCCAGAUAGAGCAGGCGUACCUGUCCAAACCAGAGCUGAAGGUUCCGGACCCGUCCAAGCGCACGGUGCGAGAAUUCCUCGAAGCCAGAAAGAAGGCUACCCCGGAACAAUUCUACAGGGCGCGGCGAGCGAUACUGCGUGCCCAGAAUGCCGUAUUGGAGGAAAUGCAAUCGAGGUAUUUCCCAAGCUUCAAGAAAUCGGACCUAUGGUACAAGUGCCUCGCGGCGGAGGAGGCUUCUCAAAACAAGACUCAGCCGGUUGGUAGGCUCUCUGGAGAGCUCAAGUCGCCUCCUAUGAACAGGACUGUCAGCGCCUUUGCCGGCAAGCCAAAUCCAUUAUCUCGGCUUGGUCCGAAGCUAGGUACAAAGCUACAGGGCCGGCGAGCUGAAUCUUCUUCGGACCUGAGGUCAUCCAAUGGUAGUCUCGCUCCCUUGGAUGUUGCGGUGGAACCGCGAAGAUCGACAGAAGCUCGCAGAUCUCUGGAUGCCAGGCGAUCUUAUGACAACAACUCUCCGAACCCCCUCUUUGACGACGAAGAUUUCGAGCAUGACGGGCUUGGAGAAAGCAUCACAAGUCUAGACCAGCACACCGGCCCACAGCCACCUGACAAGAAGGUGGUCGCGGCCAUGGAGGCGGCUUUGAGCAACAUCUUGGAAGAUACCCCACCGGCUACCUCGGAAGACUUAAGGAAGUCUCUGUUUGGAGAGGGCGAUACAGACUCACUCCUAUUUUCCGACCAGGACGCCAACUCUAAACGUGGUUCUGUCGACUCUGGUCGUCCCGGCAAAGAGCCGGAGAAGCCCAGUCUCUCGUCCCUUGGGCUCGUCAGUGCUCAUUCUCGCAUUGGCGUUUUCGUAGACGACGACCUUUUUGGCGACGAGAACAAAUACCUAUCGGACGAGCGUGACGACGAGGAAGAACUCGAGAAAGAUGACGACGUGGGUGACAUCCAUGAAGCUGCACCAGGAGACCUUGGCUUGGCUGAAGCAGUCACCGUACUCACCACUGAUAUCGAUCGGCUCGAGGCGCAAAACGCUGUCAUCGACUCGCUACUGAAGAAGGCGGAACUGACCAACAACAUGGCGGAAUUGAGGAUCUUGCGCAAGUCCAAGGCCAGUCUGGAAAGAGAGAUACGGCGGAAAGAGCUGCAAAGACAGCAAUACGUCGUCCAGGAAAGCGAUAACAGCUUGUAUGGCCGGUCCAUGAUAAGGAUCAAAGGGAUACAGGUUGGGCACGAAGACGAUGGCAAGGAAUUUGCAAUCUACGUUAUCGAGGUCUCUCGUAAUGCGGGGGAAAAGAUGCCCGCGGCGUCCUGGAUGAUAUCGCGCCGGUACAGCGAGUUUCAUGAGCUCCACCAGAGACUACGGUCAAAAUACCCGUCCGUCCGUAGCCUCGACUUCCCCAGGAGGCGCGUCGUUAUGAAGCUCCAGUCGGACUUCCUCCAAAAGCGACGGCAGGCGCUGGAGAAAUACCUGCGGGAGCUUCUGCUCCUCCCAGACGUAUGCCGGAGUCGGGAGCUACGGGCGUUCCUCUCGCAGAGCGUCAUCAUGCAGGAUCUCGCCGAGAGCCACGAGCACAACAGAAGGGACAUGAUCACACGGCUGUACGAUUCCGUGACGGACGGCAUGGAGGACAUACUGGGCAGCAUACCGGUGUUGGACCAGCUGUCUGUCGCGGGGCAAAACCUCAUCGCGGCGGCCACGAGCCAGAUGAACACGAUGGGGCCCGGACUACAGGGCGUGAACGGCAUCAUCGACCCAGCGGCCAACAGCUCGGAUGCGGCCACGGCCGCGGAGGCGGAGGCGGAGCUGAACGCGUUUGAGGCAGAAAUGGAGGGCAAGGAGCAGGCGGACGUAGAGCCGUUCGUCAAGCCGAUCUGCGACAUCUUUCUCGAGGUAUUCGAGCUCAACCGCGGCAACAACUGGCUGCGGGGGCGGGCGGUCGUGGUGGUGCUGCACCAGCUACUAGGUGGGACGAUCGAGCGGAAGCUGCGCGACAACGUGCGCGUUCUCGUCAACGAGGAUGCGGUGGCGCGGUAUGUGGCGCUACUACGGGACAGCCUGUGGCCUGAUGGGGGGCCGUUUGGGGCUGGCAGGAAGACGCGCACCAGGGGCGAGAAAACCAGGACGCGGACCGAGGCCAGUCUCAUGCUGGCGACGCUGGUGCCCGACAUGGUGGGGAGCGUCGUGGGGCGGGUAAAUGCGCAGGCGGCGAGCAGGAGGAUCUUUGCGACCCUGAACAACGAGAGGCUGAAUGCGCACCUUGCGUUUACGAUUAUGGACGAAAUUAUCGAUAUACUCUUUAAUGAGAAGUAGAAUGGUCGGAUUAGAGCAUGACGAGAACACCCCAGCACGGAACAAACGGUACGUAUGGUAGGUAUGAUGCGGUAACUUUUUCUUUGCCCAGGUGGGCAGUGUGGCACAAAAUAUUCAACCGUGUGUCUUGACGCUCACCGACUCUUGCGUGGCCUUGUGUGCUGUGUCUACAGGUUGGACCCUUGAACUAUGUCGUCCUGUCUCUCAGCGUUGAGAUGGCGCGCAUGACCGCAUCUCGACCAAAAUGAUAUGUAUUUAUGCGGUUCCAUCCCUUUAGUCGGCCUGGCCGAGCGACAAAGGCCCGGUGGCCUGCUAUGCGCUGGGCCUAUUAUAUUAUCUACAAAAUGUAAAAGUCUGUCGAUAACCCGGACAUGCCGCCCGGGUGUGCGACCUCUUGUCCGUGGACGAAUUGCAUGGAUCAGAUGGGUGCAGAAUCAAUCUUCCAGUUCUGGGAGGAGCAGGCCGGGCAGUGAAACAGGACAGGGAACCGAGGAGCCGUCCAUGGUAAUAAAGCCGUGUCGAGUUUUUGAGACAGCUCCGCCCACGCCGCUCCAAAACAUUUUCAACGCACGGCAAAAGCGCCAAGUCAACGCAACUGUAUUGAUCCAUCUUGUCUGGGAUACAAGUAUUUGCUUCUUUUGGUCGCCAAGGCGUUGUCGCUUCGGGGAGUUGUUCCUUUCUGGAGCGGGUUGCUGUCGAUCCCGUAGCGAGAUCUUGCUGGCCGCUCCUGGCCUCUUGACGGGAGCCACAACACCCCCAUGGUCGAUCAGGAAGCUUGUCUUGCCCGGACUUCGGAUGAUUUCAGCCUAAUGGCCCGCACCAUGGCCCGUUGUCACGAGCCGCGGUGCCGUCUUUAUCUUCUAGAGGAUGGUGAGACGUAGCCUGGCAUGGGCAGCUGGUGUUGGACGAGAUAUCGCCCCCAAAAAGUCAGAAAGUGCGGCCGCACUUUUAACAUAGGGGUGACGAGAUGGGGAUAUCCUAGUACUGUCGCCAGGGACAGUCUUGCCAAUCCGGCCCAUCCAACAAAAGUAGCCGGCCGGCGGAAUCCGAAAUGCAGCGGUUCGCGAUCCUGGGCCCUGGGUGCUCAUGCGUGCCAAGGCGGGCAGGGAGAGAGCGGCUGCAUCGUCCCUUUCCCCAUGGGUUCCUC